AAAUCUAAAUGAUACCUAUAGUAUGCUAACACAAGAUCGACAACGUACUCUGUGUACACACGAUUGAUAACAUACUACGUAUUAUCUAAUUGUUUUUUGAAUUCAUCGGCGGUCAAAUAUAUAUGUAUUUAUGCCCCAUCAUGCCAUUUUCCAUUCGCAACCAGCAACAGGCAACUUUGGAUGCUCUGUAUGCUUGGAUCUUGGAGGAGGAUGAGGCUGUGGAUAUGUCAGCAAUGGCUGAACAUUUGGAGAUGGUGAAGGAGACAAACGAACGAAAUCUCAGCAAUGAUCAGACAAGCAAUCGCAGUAAACUGAGUAAUGCAAGUAGGAUGAAUUCUGCAAACUCGAUACCGGCUCCCAUGAAUAUACACGACGAGAAAGAGGAACAUUCAAGGACGGUUUCGGGUAUCGACUGGUCGUUGCCGGCUGUCAAGAAUACAACCGUGACAGCUACCAGAUACGGACAAUACAAAAAGUAUCCGACAAGCCCCACGAAUGACAAAAUUAAUAAUCAGACAGGUGAUCGCAGUCGACCGAGUAAUACAAGUAAGUGGAAUUGUACAAACUCGACACCGUCUCCUAGCAAUAUACAGGUCGACAAGAAGGAAUAUUCGAGAACGGAUUCGGGGAUCGAGUGGUCGCUGCCGGCUGUCGAGAACAAAACUGCGACACCUAUUAGAUACGGGCUAUGUAAGAAGUACCCGGCAAGCCCCACGAAUGGCAGAAUUGAUGAUCUAGCGACCAAUAGUAAGCUGUAUCGUCGAGUGUCUUCUAUGCAAAUGCCUAUAUCCGUAACUGCCCGCACCUUAUGUAGGCGUGCCAGAAGUUCAGACGUGAAAAUAAGUCCCAAGAGCGACGCCGGUGGAAUACUACGAAUGAACUGCAAUGAUAUCACGCCGAUGCGGAACAAGAAAUCGGCAAAUAGUCCGACAAGUGCUGCUAACUUUGGAGACUCAACAGGCAGAAGUUUGCUGUGUCAUCGACAGCCCGCUUACCCCCUAGCAAGCCCCGCAGACUUUAACCCGAUGCGACCCGCUAGUUUAUCAGAAAUGAGAAGCUCUGCUGACAAAAAGGUCACUGUAUCCCAGGAAAUUAGCGCUCACCACAAAGAUGGCAAGUCUGGCUUUCUACGGCAAUUUAGUAUGCCAGGGCUGCGACGGGGCGGUGCUCCAGGGAAGCACACCAAAUCGUUUCGCAUUUUGGAGGUGGAAAAGGGUGCUCCAGGUAAGCACACCAAACCGUCUCGCAUUGUGGAGGCAGAAAAGGCCCCGAGCUUUGCUGGCAUGGAUAGACAAAUAGUAAUGAUAAAGAGGACGAAUUCAAUCGAGUCAAGCUCGCCGGAUAUUUUUGAGUUCGGUGCGGAUUUUGAUAGUCCUCUGGCAGCAGUUGCGGUUGAUUGUUUAGUAGACGGCGUAAGGGUAAAUACACGCGCAAGUAAACUCGUAGGCAAAGCUAUACAUAACAUGGAGAAUGAGCGACGAAUGUUUAAUAGAGCAUAUUCAUAGACAUCAUCAAUGGGAUAAAACGCUCUAAGCAGAAUUUAAAAAUUUGGCUUUUUGUACGCAUUAAAAACGAUGCUUUCAGAACGCGCAAAUGACCUCUCCUUUUAACUUUUGACGUUGUUCUGGAGACUAUGUAGCCCAUAGCCUCCUAAAUUGUACAGAAGCCUAUGUUGAGCGAACCCUGCGAAACCAUAGCCUUCUAAAAUAAACAGCCAAACCCAAC